GUUUGGCGCCAGGCCCCCGCCAUGUUGUGCUGGUAUUUUGGUUUCGCUUGGAUCGGUGACGGCCGCGGGUAGGAGCGGCCCGGCUGGGUGGGUGGAGCCGGCCGCGAUCCGAUUGGAGACGCGGGGGAGGAGCGGCGACAACGUUCUGAAUCUGGGAGAUGCAUUUGGGUGGACGAGGAGCAGGAAUCAGUCAUCUGGGAAGAAUGAGUCAAUCUGAGCCUCUUUCACUUUUAUUCCAUGGAUUUCAACUUUGCUGACGAACCUAUUUGGCACUUUAUCAGACGCCUUUGGAAGUCCAUAUAACUACAUUGACCUCAUGACCCUCAUCAACACUCUUACCUCAUCAGAAAACUCAAAAAGCGAAUCAAGCUGAGAGAGAGAGCCACAGAGACAGUCAAAUUGUUCACGUUUACUCUUUGGAAACAGUGAUUUGUUGUCAUAAGAUUUGUUUAUCGGCUGCAGUGGAAAAUGCCUGAUGGGACACGAAAGUUUUGCUGUGAUUGAGGCUUGCACCUUUGUGCUAACGCAGUGCCACACUUGACGAGGCAAAAUACGAAUGGCCCAGGGAAGCCAACAAAUUGAUAUUCAGGUUCUGCAUGACCUGCGGCAAAAGUUCCCUGAAGUACCUGAGCGUGUUGUCUCCCACUGUAUACUGCAGAACGGUAACAAUUUGGAUGCUUGCUGUAAGUUCUUGUCUCAAGAAAGCACCAAGUAUCUUUAUGGAGAAGGGGACCUGAAUUUUUUGGAUGAACCCAGCAUUUCUGGACUUCACAAUCGCAUGUCUGAACUCAAUCUUGAUGUCCAGUCCCAGAAUGUGUAUCAGCGUUGGAAGGAAGGAAGUCAGUUGAAUGGAAGUAGAACUCUGCCUCAUAGUGUCAAUGAUGGGGCACUCCCGACUGCUCUAACCUGCUAUGAGCCUACACAGGAACUGCAGGUAACGCCAACUCAGUUGGCUGCAGGCUUGAAUAUGUUUGGAGCGAUGGACAUGAGUCGCAGCCCUUCUUCUCCCCAGCAGCUUGGACUUCUUCAGCCAUUGAGCUCCAAGGGAAUAUCAAGUACAGCCCAACAAAUACCCAGGUUCAACCCAAUUACUGUCACUCUAGCACCCAAUCUUCAGACAGUCCAUAACACUCCUACAUCUUUGCACAUACGUGGUGUGCCUCCGCCUGUACUUAAUAGCCCUCAAGGGAAUUCGAUCUACAUUAGACCUUACUUGACGUCACAAAGCAGUACAAGCCGCCAAAUGUCACAGCAGCCUGCUUGGAUAUCUGGGCAGCAUACCAGCGCUUCACAGUACGGUCACAAUCAACAGCACCAGGUCUUCCAGGCUCCACAGUACUCGCAUCAGCAGCAGAUGGAACAAGUAGCAGGCCUCUGUGCCCCUGUUACUUCGCAAAGUGGUUCAGCAUAUACCUCAUCCCAACAGUCUGUGCACCCAGGCCAGCAAAGCCACCAGACCUCUCAUGUGUACAUGCCUAUCAGCUCCCCCACGACUCCUCAAGUUCCCCCAUACCAGCCCUCUAAUAGUGCACAACCUUCGAUUUACAGUCAGUAUAACAUUCAAAAUAUCUCAACAGGGUCACGGAAAAACCAAAUUGAGAUCAAACUUGAAUCACCACAGAGGAAUAAUCCAACAAUGCUGCGUUCCUCCAACUCUCGCACAGCCCCUGCGCCUUCUAUCAGUAGCCAGCCUGUAGGCAGGAAUCAACCCACGGUCUACAUUUCUGCCAGCCCUCCAUCAUGCGAGGAGAUGGUCGGACGCAACCAGCCGAAGGUGUAUAUCUCAGCAAACUCGACAGCCAGCGAUGAGCCGGGUCUACGAAAUCAGCCCACUGUGUACAUAUCAGCAAACCCAGGUUCGGCAUCCUCCUCUCGAAGUGCCACAGGGCAGAUUAGCAUGGGUCCACAGCAGGGUGCUUUCAUUCAACCCGCUUACAUCCGUCAUCACCCACCCAAGAGUCGUAGUGUUGGCAAUUGCAAUGCUGCCACUUCUCCUCGAGUGGUGGUCACCCAACCCAAUACCAAGUAUACUUUUAAGAUUACGGUUUCACCAAACAAGCCACCUGCUAUUUCCCCUGGGGUUGCAUCACCGACAUUUGAACCUUCCAAUCUCUUAAGCCUCCCUGAUCAUUACGCGGAGCCUGAACCUGUCCAACAUUUGCAGCUAGCGACUGAUCCUGCUUCAGCUCGCGAUAAUCGGAUCAGUGAGAUACGAAGAAUGAGUGCGGGGUCUGAUGAUGCUGCCUAUACAGAAGCUUUAUUAGUGCAUCAGAAAGCCAGAAUGGAUCGAUUGCAUCGAGAACUUGAGCUGGAGAAGAGAAAACUAGACAAACUGAAAAGUGAAGUUAAUGAGAUGGAAAGUGAUCUUACCCAAAGGCGCAUGAAACGAUCAAACUCAGCGUCCCAAAUCCCAUCGUUAGAGGAAAUGCAGCAGCUGCGAAGCAGUAACCGACAGCUGCAGAUCGAUAUAGAUUGCAUAACCAAAGAGAUUGAUCUGUUUCAAACAAAAGGACCACACUUUAACCCCAGUGCUAUCCACAAUUUUUAUGACAAUAUGGGAUUUCGAGGUCCUGUGCCACCUAAGCCGAAAGAGCAGAAAACUGCAAUUAAACCACCAAAACCAAUAAUAGACCCAGAGGAGGAUGAAGGGGCUCAUUGGAACUGUAGCACCUGUACUUUUCUGAAUCAUCCAGCCCUGAUUCGCUGUGAACAGUGUGAGAUGCCCAAGCAUUUCUGAGCCAAAAUGCUCCCAGUGAAAGAAUGAAUUCCCCAACAGAUGCUGGGAUAAAGGAAUUGUUUACAAAGACUGUAAUAACUCAGCAGAUACAAUGCUGGAAAGAAUUUUAGUUUGGACCAGGUGGUCUUUUUAAUGGAGAUUAUUAUUUCAGCAUAGUGGUUUUUGGGAUUGAACGCACAGCUUCAAGAUUCUGCAUUCGGCUGCUGGGACCUGAGCUGAUGCCAGGUUUGCCCAUACCGGAUGCAUCAUUACCAAGCCAGAUGGAAGAUUUUCACAAAGCCGCAUCAAAAUGAACUACUGUGGGUCUUAUUGUCUCUCUUUUCCUCUUUCCCCUACUUUCCUCCAAAGAUGCAUUUUUAAGGAGAAAAGAUAUAUCAAUUCUCAGGACGCUGCAGACGAGAAUGAAAAAUAAGUUCAACAAAAAGUAAAAGCAACUGAAAGAACAGCAGAGGGCAUUCGGAAAACCAGCCCUAGAGGAGCACCUGUGAAUGGGGUGGGACAGAAUGUGUGCAUCACUAACAAACCUCUCUGCUCUGACCACCUUUCUGCUCUUCAACUUUUAUAAGAUUCAGCAUUGAGCUAAGAAAAAUAAACAAUCACAUUAUACCUGCAAAGUGUUCCAAUGUUUCCUCCAAUGUGUACAAUCUACUCUUCAAGCUUCCUUGUACUGAGCCCUACAGAUCCGGGAGGCUCCAGGUUGACUCCUACCUGUGUGCUCAGUUAGCUCAGGCCAGUAGGGAUGCUGUAUGUACAAGAGAUGGUGAGGAAAACACAACGAUUGCUGCUCCUAAUUCCUAUCUGUUGACCCUCCUGCUGGAAAGAGAGAAUGCGUAUUCAUCUGGUAAGAGCAGGUUUGGGUUUGGCUGUGAUGCCCCCUAUGACUGGCCAACUGGCAUUCACCAUCUAAAUUCACAUGAAGAAUGGGUAAUCAGGUGGACUGGCACUGGUGAAACCAUUUGUGCUGUUACCAUACUUUAGAGGAGGAGGGGAGAAACUUAGGGAGGAACAUUUCUUCUCUUUUCCUCAGUUCCUGAGUUUCCUGCAUUACCUGUAUGUAUCAUGCUUUAGACUUUGGUAGCUAACUUCAUUGAAUGGUUUUUAGUAAAAUCAUUGUCUCAAUCGACUUGAUACCUACGAGAAGUGAAGCCUUAAAUUAACUUAAAAAAAAACAAAGCUAUGUAUAAAGCAGCUUUCAGUGGCCUUUAUGUACAGCAUUUCUAUAAAUUAUGCUCUUGAAUAGACCUGCAAAUGAAUUUUACAAGACAGCAGUGUGAUAGUCACGUGUGAAAUGCACAAUUUUAUCCAUUUGAGACAGAAACUUUAUUUUUUAAAAUGAUAUGCAGUGCUUGAUCACAGCUUUCCUGGCACUGUAUAAUUAUACAGUGCCUGAGUGCAGCUUGCAAAGUGUCAAAGAAGAAUUUGAGGUCACAGCUGAGGCUUUUUAAAAACCAGAAACACUCAGUUGCCAUAUCGCACAUUCUGUACAGUCUAAGCGUAAUUUGAAGUGUACAUAUUCAAAUUACCUACUAAUUUUUUUAAAGCACCAAGUUCCUACUUUUCUGUUGUUUAUGUUGCUUAAUUGACCUUGCUGGAUAAUUCAAAAUUUUUUAGUACGAGGAAGUGUUUUGAAUUAUGAUUAGAGUGUAUAUAAAAACAGUUAUUUUGUCACACAGUGGUCCUGAGCUUCAUCUGCAGGUCUAAAUGAAAAUUGACUGGUUUUACGUUUUAUUAAUAAAACAUAAUGGGAUAUCUUAA